AUGUCCGCCGAACGCAUCCAAUCCAACUGUCGUAUUAUAUGGGGCCCCGGUGACUAUGAUAUUGAUAUUGAAUCUGAUGAUUGGGAAACCUACUAUGCAGUCGUCAAAAGAGAUGACGGGACGUCCUUCGGACCGCCGUUGACUAUGACGGGGGUAUGUCAAUCGGAGGAACACACAUGGAGAGAAUUGGAUCGGAUGCUGGACGUCUGGGCUCGUCAAAUACAGAGUGGACAACCGAUGACAAAGGAUAAAGUGUUGAAAAUAUUUGGAGGACCCAAGGGGCAGAGCCGAGCUAUCUUGAAGCAGUACUUUGCAGAAGCAGAGAAACACGGGCGUCCGGGCUCUGCCUUUGAUGAAGUUCUACUUAUCAGAAAACUCUGUUAUAACUUAUCACAACUUAAUCUGCCUCAACGGUCAGAGUGGAAGCCUCUACGUUCUUCCAACAGAGUUUUCAUUACUCGCGAAAUCAUUGAGACUGGUACCAAGGAGAGAGCUAGGGACCACGCUGCUCUGGCCACCGGCAAAAUGUCCCUUUUCGUUCAAGCUGAACAGUCUGAGCGCCGUAUCAAGCUGAGAACACGAGCCACUACUGCACACGUACCUACACACGUACCUGAACUAGCUAACACUGCCUAA